AACCGCCACGCCAGCGCCUACACCUCCACGCAAUGGUCCGCGCCAGCACCGCUUGUACCCCUGAGCUAUCUCCGGCCACCCGCGUUCCCCGUUCACCUGACGAGAACGCCGACGACUAGAGACUCCUCCGCCAUAACCAACGCUCCCUUCUCUCCUUUCCCGACCCCUCCUCUCACUCCAGCGUCUGGCUACCACUUCGCACUGGGGACCCUCCCUCAACAGCUACCAAACAGUGGACCCGCUCUACCAAACUACUUCAUACCGCUACAACCAAUACUGCCCGGAACUUUCACCGAAGACACUCCCUCACCGACUCCCUCCCCCACACAUUCACCAGGCUCACUCCUCCCCACCUCCUUCACUCCCAUCCUCACCCACACAACGUACACCGACACAGUCUCCCACUCUCUCUUCCUCAGCUACCUCGACGAAGUUUGGCCCGAGAGCUCGCUACGGAGAAGCAGCAGCGUCAUUCGGAGCUCGCUCUACGACAAGAUUGUUUUAGUUCUGCAGGGAGAAGCAGGGGCAAAGGGGCGGGAGAGGCUGUGGAUCAAGAAAUCGGAGUUCUUUCUCGUGGAGAAGGAAGGUCGUGGAUCCCUACUGGCGGUCCCGGCGGUCAGAUCUCGUGCCAGCAGCAAGAGAGGACCGCUGGAAGGGGACGGAGGUGAGAAGAGUGCGUCGAAACGAUCGUCGUACAAGCUGGUUGCAAAACUAGAGGAUUUCUACUACAUCAUCAGCAGCUACCACAAUAGUAAUGUUGGGCACCACGGCAUCAGGAAGACUUAUGGACUGGUGGGCCAAUUGUCUGUUACAAGUGCAUGGGAACUUUAGUGUUUACAUGUGUGCAUGUUAUUCCGACAAGCUUACAGGACAAACAGUACACAUUAUGGUUCUUACAAUGCCUGGAUUAGGCAUUUUAAAUGCCUCUGAAUGGGCUGGGUGCUUAGCUACAAAGGUCUGAGUUAGAUGCACUAUUCUUUGCAUUGUGAAUCUAGUCCCGAAAGUCAGAGGAUUUAUGCCACAAUGUUAUCUUGUAUACCUGUCGUAUCUUUGUAUGUCUAUUCUUACCCUGCCUCUAAGUCUCCUAUCCAUAAUAUCUUACUUGCUGCGUGUGCAAUAGAUUCAAGGCGAGUACAGCUAUCUACCAAGGACUGCAGUGGCAAAGUACAUCGAACUAUGCAACAUUUGCAGAGUCCACAGAACGGGGAAAUCAGAGAGUGCAGGGAGACGAGCCAAGAUGGCAGCAGCCGGGAACAAGAAGACGUCUAUAGCAAGUCCAGACACUGAAAAUUGUCCGUCGUUCUCUAACACACUACUUGAGCACCCUUAGCACACCUUUCUGUCAAAUUUAACUUGUCUGCCUUUGUGUUUUGUUACAUACCCCCAUUUUCACAUGUUUCUGAAACAUGUUUACCUUGCUGUUAUAAUUCCUUUUUUC